AUGUCCUCUCAAGAUCAACACGAGUUCGAAAUGGGUUUAUCCACCGUUGUAUCCCAUAUACUUCACAGAAAUACUACUCUCUCACACACCUCCAUCCUUCCCAGCCGGGACGCCAUUUCCACUGCCCUCUCUUCUCUUCCUGAGACACUCCCGGAGGAAGGUAGGGGAACAGACAGCACCAUGCAACACCUCUUCUCUUCCGUCCUUCCAGGUAUAUUACAAGCUCAAAAUGGCCCUCGAUAUUUUGGAUUCGUAGUUGGUGGUGUCACCCCCGCCGCUCAGUUGACAGAUAUGCUGUUGAGCUCUUACGAUGAGAAUGUGCAAGUGUAUAUGCCCAAUACCACCGCCAGUGUGGCUAUCGAAGCGAGAACUUUAGAGUUGGCACUUGAUCUUUUACACAUAUCUAGGGAUGCAUAUCAAGGAAGGACAAUCACGACGGGUGCUACAGCAUCCAAUGUUCUUGGAUUGGCAUGUGCGAGAGAUCAUCUUUAUGCCAAUUAUAAGUAUCUUCCUCCCGGGUAUUCACUCGCUCAGAGAGGUCCGCCCUCUGUACCAAAUCUGACUGGACCACCAAUCAUAAUCCUCGGUCUUCAUCCUCACUUCUCGAUCCUCAAAGCGGCAGCCUUGGUCGGGUUAGGAGCAGGACCAGAGGUCGUACAACAACUGGCACCAAGACAAGACGAUGAGCUGGCUAUUGAUUUGGAAGUCUUGGAGAAGAAAUUGAAAGAGGAGCGAGAAGUCGGAAGAGGAGUCAUAGUGACAUACGGACUAGGAGAGGUCAAUACGGGUGGAUUUGGUCAAGGACUUUCAGAGGUGGGUAGGAUAUGUAAAAGAUAUGAUGCUUGGCUUCAUGUGGAUGGUGCUUUCGGAGGUUUUGCAGGGGUCGUCCCGGAAUUGCGACAUUUGGUCGAGGGGAUUGAUCAAGCUGAUAGUCUGACACUGGACGGACAUAAAUGGCUCAACGUCCCAUAUGACACUGGCCUUUUUUACACCCGAACUCCCUCUUUACUGACCAACGUCCUAGCUCCUCCAACCGGUCAAGGUCCAGCUUAUCUCUCAACAGGGGAUUUAGACAUUCCCAGUCCAUUAUAUAUGGGGAUAGAAAAUUCACGUCGAUUUAGAGCUCUUCCUUUACUUGCUUCUCUUCUUUCUCUAGGUAGAGAGGGUUACGUAGAUAUCAUCCGACGUAACGUUUCUUUCGCUCAAAAUGUCGCUCGACUUCUCAUUCAAUCUGAUUUCUACGAGCUCCUCAACCCCAUAAUCUCACCAGGUUUUCAUGGAGAUCAGUCUGAAAAUCAAGAUAAAUCUACAGGGGCAGGAAAGGAUGAUCAGAUAAAAGAUCAAAUAGUGCCACUCAACAUAGUCCUCUUUCGAGGUUCACCCAAUUCCACAUACCCACCUUCUGAUCCUACUUCCGCACGGAGAUUAACAGAGAAGAUCAAUUCGACUGGUAAGAUGUAUGUCAGUUCCACCGUUUGGAGAGGUCUUGGGGCGGUGAGGAUUGCCGUUAGUAAUUGGCGUACGGGUGAUGAAGAUUUGAUAAUUGUUAAAGAUGUUUUGGACGGUGUCAUGAAUGAAAAAAUAUAGUCCUUUGAGUGAG